GCGUUUCGGAGUAAAUUGAGUGAGGCUUGUCUGAGGUAGAAACUAGAUUAAUUUGCUUAUUUUCAAAUUCGAUUUAUGGAGGUGGAGAAAUGCAGGUGGUGUGUCUACUGUCUGAGGAGAACAUUUCUUGCCUUUGAUGAAGUGGGCUUUAAGAUCAGCGGACAGCUCUCACCUCGCCUCUUCCGUAAGCUGCCACCGAGGGUUUGUGUGUCUCUGAAGAGCAUUGUUGAUGAACAUUUCUUGUGUGCAGGGCACAUUUUCCUUGGCUUCUCUAAGUGUGGGAGAUAUGUCUUGUCCUACACCAGCAGCAGUGGUGAUGAUGAUUUCUCCUUCUACAUUUACCAUCUCUACUGGUGGGAAUUCAAUGUCCACAGCAAGCUAAAAAUGGUACGCCAGGUUCGAUUGUUCCAGGAUGAAGAAAUCUACAGUGAUCUGUACCUGACUGUUUGUGAAUGGCCCAGUGAUUCUUCUAAAGUUAUCGUCUUUGGUUUCAAUACCCGUUCAGCCAAUGGCCUACUCAUGAACAUGAUGAUGAGCGAUGAAAACCAUCGAGAUAUCUACAUUAGUACAGUUGCCAUGCCGCCUCUUGUGCACUGUCCGAGCUGCAGGGACAUGGCCAUUGCACAUCCAGGUGACCCAAAUGCCAAAUGUUUGCAGCAUGGAUUCAUGUUGCACACCAAGUACCAAGUGGUAUACCCUUUUCCCACAUUCCAGCCAGCAUUCCAACUCAAGAAGGACCAAGUGGUACUACUAAACACCAGCUACUCUCUAGUGGCCUGUGCUGUUUCUGUGCAUACACCAGAUGACAGCAACUUCUGCCAAAUCCUUUAUGACAGGAGUCGUCAACCCUGGUCUCCUGCUGGUGAAACUGGCCACACAGCUCUUUCGUCUCAGUGCUCUGCAAGCUCAGAGGAUAGGCUGGAAAAAGACAGCUGCUCUUGCCGGAGUGGAGCUGCACUGCAGCAGCCUAUUGCUGUGCCUCUGCAGGAUAUAGAAAACCAUGUCUCUCCUGCUGUAGCAAUGGCAAAGGAAUUUGUUGCGGACAUAUUCCGGAGGGCCAAAGAAGCCAAAGGCACUGCUUCAGUGGAGGCAGGCAGGGGGCUUGACUGCCUUCUUGACUCCGAUGUGGCCCUGGGCCAAGGCACUUUAGCCUCUUGGGAACUGGGGAAAACUUUGGGGUCUUGCUUGCAUGGCAGUGGCACUUGCAGCUCCACACCUUCUGGUGCAGACAGCAUAUCUGAUGUGGGUGGGUCCCCCAAAGAUUCUCCCACUGCCGAACUGGAAAGCCAGCCUGCAGAGCCUGGCUAUGUGAACUAUACCAAGCUACGCUAUGUCCUGGAACCCAGUGACUCCUCUGAGGCAGAGGAUGAGUAUGAAGAUGACAAAAUCUCCCUGCCAUUUGUUGUGACUGACCUGCGAGGAAGAAAUUUGAAGCUGCUGAAGGAGAAGGCUGUUUGUCAGGGCCAAUACCUAACAGUGGAGCAGCUGACUCUGGAUUUUGAAUAUGUCAUUAAUGAGGUGAUCCGGAAUGAUGCCUCAUGGUCCAAGCAGUUUUGCUCCUUCAGUGACUAUGAUAUUGUCAUCUUGGAGGUGUGUCCAGAAACCAACCAAGUUAUCAUCAAUAUUGGACUCUUGCUGCUAGCCUUCCCAUCUCCUGAUGAAGAGGGGCAGCUCAGGCCAAAGACUUACCACACCAGCCUCAAAGUAGCAUGGGAUUUGAACACUGGCAUCUUUGUUACAGUCAGCGUGGGAGACCUCACAGAAGUCAAAGGGCAAACCAGUGGCAGUGUGUGGAGCUCCUACAGGAAAAGCUGCGUUGACAUGGUAAUGAAGUGGCUGGUACCUGAGAGCAGUGGUCGCUAUGUCAACAGGAUGACUAAUGAGGCGCUCCAUAAAGGAUGCUCUUUGAAAUUCCUUGCCGAUAACGAGCGUUACACAUGGAUUGUCUUAUGAAGCCAGGUCCAGAGUUGGCACUUACAUCAGUAGUUCAUUUCCUGCCAUAACUGUGUGUCAGAUUCAACUACCUCUUUGUUAAAAGUUGUUUUUAAUUUCCCCAUCUCUUUCCCCAUCUCUUUGACUAGACAGUUACCCCGAUGACCUUGACUGUAUUGGUCUUGGUUUGUGGGUGGAACCACAUCCUCAGCUGUGUUGCCUCUCUGUAGGCGAGGUGGGAAACACACAACUGGUCCAGAUAUUCUGGAGAACCUGCCUCCUUGCAGGCUAGUUGUAUGGUCAGAUCGCACAAGCUUCAGCUGAGCUGUUUUUGCUCUGCUGGAGCCCUCCACAGCAGCUCUGUUGGUCCAAGUGGUGAAACUGUGAGGAGUCUCUAGCAGGUAGAAGUCUUCUAUAGGAUUUGCUUUUCCCUAAUGCUAGAGGAUUAUUGAUUCCAGGGCAAUGAUUCCUCUUAAGGAGACCAAAACCCUUCUGUGUUUUGAGUGUCAUUUGCUAGUUUGGGCACUUCCUGCAAUCAUAAAUGCCGUCCCCCACUUUUGGAUGAGCCAUAAAUGUGUUCUCCCCCCCCCCUAUUUUUUCUUCAAGCAGGGUUUGUUUCCUGCAAUAAACAUUUAAAUUUGA